GUUGUGGGCAGCAUGGACGCCCACCCAAGCAGGUACUGUGCUACAGUGCGGGUCCAGAGGCCCCGACAGGAAGUCAUCCAGGACCUGGCCUCCAUGGUGAAAGAGCUCCUGAUCCAGUUCUACAAAUCCACCCGCUACAAGCCAACCAGGAUCAUCUUCUACAGGGACGGGGUGUCAGAGGGGCAAUUCAGACAUGUGCUGUACUACGAGCUGCUGGCCAUAAGGGAGGCUUGCAUCAGUCUGGAGAAGGAGUACCAGCCGGGCAUCACUUACAUUGUGGUACAGAAACGCCAUCACACACGUCUCUUCUGUGCAGAUCGCAACGAGCGGGUUGGACGAAGUGGAAACAUUCCUGCCGGCACCACAGUGGACACGGACAUCACUCACCCCUACGAGUUCGACUUUUACCUCUGCAGCCACGCUGGAAUCCAG